AUGUCGGGCAAGCGACCAUCUGUGGCCCAGAAGCGGCUCAUGAAGGAGUACAAGCAGUUCAUUAGUGAUCCUCCCCAGGGAAUCAGUGCAGGUCCUGCUGACGAAGAUAACUUUCUACUCUGGGAAUGUCUGAUACAGGGACCAGAUGAUACUCCGUACGAGGGUGGCCUGUUCCCCGCAACACUCAAAUUCCCCCAGGAUUACCCCCUGUCCCCUCCAGUGAUGAAGUUCACCUGCGAAAUGUACCACCCCAACAUUUACAAGGACGGAACCGUGUGUAUUUCCAUUUUGCAUGCUCCUGGUGACGAUCCCAACAUGUAUGAGAGCGCUUCGGAACGGUGGUCGCCCAUCCAGUCGGUAGACAAGAUUCUGCUGUCGGUGAUGAGCAUGCUAGCCGAGCCCAACGACGAGUCAGGGGCCAACAUUGACGCCAGCAAAAUGUGGCGAGACGACCAGGAACAGUUUGUCAAGAUUGUCCGAGGAACUGUUCGAAAGGCCUUGGGAUUAUAG